CUCAAGGGGGCAGUAGGCUCACCAGGUGGUUGAUCCAGAGACUUCCAGCCGUUGUCGGUAUCUACGCGUCUUGUCAGGCCUUGCUGCUGACUACAGAGGAAAUUUACCUCUGGAUUUACAUUUAAACAUUUACGAUAAUGCCUACGAUAAAACUACAGAGCUCUGAUGGGGAAAUCUUCGAGGUGGACGUUGAGAUAGCCAAACAAUCUGUCACCAUCAAGACCAUGUUAGAAGAUUUGGGCAUGGAUGAUGAAGGUGAUGAUGACCCUGUUCCCCUGCCUAAUGUGAAUGCUGCUAUCCUCAAGAAGGUGAUUCAGUGGUGCACUCAUCACAAAGAUGACCCUCCUCCUCCUGAGGACGAUGAGAACAAGGAGAAGAGGACAGAUGACAUUCCUGUUUGGGACCAGGAGUUCCUCAAAGUGGACCAAGGCACUUUGUUUGAGCUCAUUCUGGCCGCCAACUAUUUGGACAUCAAAGGCCUGUUAGAUGUCACCUGCAAGACAGUGGCCAACAUGAUCAAAGGCAAAACCCCAGAGGAGAUCAGGAAGACUUUCAACAUAAAAAAUGAUUUCACAGAGGAGGAGGAAGCCCAGGUACGCAAAGAGAACCAGUGGUGUGAAGAGAAGUAAAGGGAAAGAUCCUGCCAACACUACCACACUGAAAAGGAUUGUCCCUUCUAACUGGUUGCACUGGUGUUGUUCAUACUUGUGUAUAUUGACAUUUAGUACAUUUAGGGCCACAUGCCCCCCUGACCCCACUUCCCCUAAUUUUCUGUAUACCAAGAACAGCAUGACCCAUUUAACUUGCCCGUGUGGUGUCAUUAAUUUAAAGCUAAAAUGCUUGUUACUGUUUUCACACACUGAUGUUGUGUAUUGACAUACAAUAAAUAGUCCUGGUUUCAUGGCUUUGUACCCCUAAAGGAAAAAAAAAGAAAAGAUUGGAGGCACUCCUUCCAGAUUUCCCGUCAUCAAUUGCUCUGGUUGUCUUUUUUACUGGACAUGUUGUUUUGCUUUUAGGUUAAAUGAUUUGAAUAAAAUGACUUUUUUGACUAUGGAAAAGCAGGGGUGAAUGUUAUUUUUGUUUGCUCUGUAAAUGCAUCCGCGUAGUGAAACCAUGUCAGGAGGAACGGUUAAUGGGAAAAGUGAAGUCUGAGCUGGAAGUCCUGCCACAACAGCCUCGAGUGUUGAAUGGAAACUUCUCUCAGUUAAGCUCUGACGCUGAUUUUUGGGAUGAUCGAACACAUUUGAAGGAUUAAAUAAAACAUAUUAAACAGA